AUGUCACCCGUUGGCAUUUCGAGAAAUAUCAAUAAUGGUGUCAUCGGGCCUUCCCAAAUUGACAACUGCACAAUGUUUGAUGCAAAAAUUCCACUGGGACAGUACAUAUUUGAGAGAUUGCUAUCAUGCGGAACUAAAACCGUCUUUGGAGUACCCGGUGAUUUCAAUCUGACAUUAUUGGAGCACAUGUACUCUUCACGAACAAUUUCAGAUGGGCUUCAGUGGAUUGGAACAUGUAAUGAACUUAACGCAGCAUAUGCAGCAGAUGGCUAUUCCCGUUACACGAAUAAAAUUGGCUGUUUGAUAACAACGUUUGGCGUCGGAGAACUCUCCGCCUUGAACGGCGUGGCAGGAGCGUUUGCUGAAAAUGUCAAGGUUCUGCAUAUUGUGGGGGUGACACCGUCAAGUUUCCGCAACGACGCUGCACGGAGUUACCACAACGUGCACCAUCUUGUACCUGCCCUCUCAGAAGCGAAUUUUAACCCCCCGAACCACCGUGUGUAUUUCGAAAUGAUUCGAGACCGAAUUUCUUGUUCCAGUGUCUUCCUUGACAAUAUCGAAGAAGCAUGCGAUCAAAUCGACAAAGUCAUCAACGAGAUUUACCGGUUCAGCAGACCGGGAUACAUUUUUGUCCCUGCUGAUUUCCCUGAUAAGUUAGUUCCAGCUUUCAAUCUCUUAGAUCGACCAUCAAUUACUUUAGAAAGUGCAAUGUCUUCUUUGUCUGUUAACCAAGAAGACAUUGACGCUUGCGUCAUGCUUAUCCUGCAACGCUUAUAUGAAUCUGAAACACCAGCUGUGCUGGCUGAUAUUCUUUGUGACCGCUACGACCUGAACACUACGUUGAAUAAUCUUGUUGAGAAAUGCAGUCUUUGGAGCUUCAGCUCCGCCAUGGGACGGUCAAUACUUGACGAGUCCUCUAAGAACUUUAAAGGAUGUUAUAAUGGAGUAGAAAGUGCUCCGAUUGUCAUCGAGAACAUCAUGAAAUGCGACUUUAUCCUUCACGUCGGUGCGGUAAAGAACGAGAUGAACACGGGCCAUUAUUCGCUGAAAUUCAAACAAAACGCUUGUGUGGUGGAAAUGCAUCCUGAGUAUAUCCAAAUUUCAAAACUCAACAGCCAAAAAGCGACUCGCAAGUUUACUGGAUUUUUCAUGAACAUAGUCUUGAAGCAAAUUCUAAGCGAGCUGGACAUAUCUAAGUUACGGCGCCGCUAUCCCUCUAAUGAACAAAAAAAACCAGAGAAUGAGCUUACCCUGCAACCGCAACAACCCAUAACACAGCUCUUUCUUCAACAACGUUUCCCCAAAUUAAUAAAUUCUGGGGAUGUCUUUGUGGUAGAAACUGGUUCCUUUCAGUUCGGAGUUCGUGAUUACGUUUUCCCACCUAAUCUGAGAUACAUAUCGCAAGCAUUUUAUUUGUCUAUCGGUAUGGCACUGCCAUGUGCGCUGGGCGUGGGACUUGGUAUGCGUGAUUAUCCACUUCAUCACAUAAUCGUUGGCCAAGAAGAUAAUUGUAUCGUCUCUACUCCAAAAUUGAUUCUUUGUGAGGGAGACGGAGCGGCGCAAAUGACUGUUCAGGAAUUGACGUCUUUCCUGCGCUAUAAAAUUCCUGUGGAGAUCUUUGUUUGGAACAAUCGAGGUUAUACGGUCGAGAGAGCCAUCAGAGGUUCAACGCGGGCAUACAAUGAUAUCAUGAACUGGGAUUGGACAAAGUUACUUUCUGUGCUCGGGGAUGCCGACGAAAUCAGCUCUUGUGGAUUAUCAUUUGACAGUGUUGGCGAUCUUGCCAAAUUUUUCGAAACUUUUCGAGAUCCUCACAACAAAGUCGUAAGGUUGGCAGAGGUGAUUUUAAGUGUAUUGGAUAUUCCUGAGCAGUUGAAAGUAAUGGCAGCUGCGUGCCAGCAUUGA